AAGAUAUCGCGCUCAAUCGUAAAACGCGCGCACACUGCCGAAUGCGUUGAAGAUUUAGUUAUUUUCGUGAUAAAGUAGCAAGAUACUGGGUAAAGAUGUCUGAAAAACCUGUGGAAGAGAGAGAAGAAAGCAGUUCUUCCGAAAAUUCAAGUGAAGAUGAAGAUUCGGAACAAGAGAAGAAAAAGAAGAAGCCAACACUACCACCGAUUAAAAAUCCGAACUACUCAUUUGGGAAAGAUUACAGUAAGAAAAUUGAAGGCGACAAGGCCACAAGGUUCCAGUACCUACUGUCCCAAACGGAAAUAUUUGCUCAUUUUUUGAAUGCAGCAGGAAGAAAACCACCUACCAGCCCAUUGAAAAUGAAGAAAAUGCCAGAUUUUGAAAAGGCAGCAAGUAGUUCAAAAGCAGAUGUUGGAGACCAUCGUCAUAGAAGGACAGAAGAAGAAGAAGACAAAGAACUACUUGAAGAGGGAAGGCAUUCCCAAACAUCAGUGAUACACUUUGAGUCCUCCCCUACUUAUAUUAAAGGUGGACAGAUGAGAGAUUAUCAGAUUCGGGGAUUAAAUUGGCUUAUUUCCUUAUUUGAAAAUGGCAUUAAUGGAAUCCUUGCUGAUGAAAUGGGACUUGGUAAAACCUUGCAAACCAUCUCACUGAUUGGGUAUAUGAAGCAUCAUAGAAAUCUGCCAGGACCUCACAUUGUCAUUUGUCCUAAGUCAACUUUAACCAACUGGAUGGCAGAGUUCAAAAGAUGGUGUCCCUCACUCAGGGCUGUGUGCUUGAUUGGAAAUCAAGAGCAAAGAGCUGCACUCAUCAGAGAAACCCUUCUACCUGGUGAAUGGGAUGUUCUUGUGACAUCAUAUGAAAUGUGCAUUAGAGAAAAGGCAGUUCUGAAGAAAUUUGCAUGGAGAUAUUUAGUUAUUGAUGAAGCCCACAGGAUUAAAAAUGAAAAAUCAAAGCUUUCGGAAAUAGUAAGAGAAUUUCGAUCUGCAAACAGACUGCUUCUCACUGGAACACCAUUGCAAAAUAAUCUGCAUGAGUUGUGGGCAUUGCUCAACUUUCUCCUUCCUGAUGUGUUCAGUUCUUCUGAGGAUUUUGAUGCUUGGUUUAACACACAGAAUGUGGUUGAUGGUACUGAAAGUAAACUAGUUUCUCGUUUACAUGCUGUUCUAAGGCCGUUUCUUCUACGAAGACUUAAAGCAGAGGUAGAAAGAAGACUGCUGCCUAAAAAGGAGAUAAAGAUUUACGUUGGACUGAGCCAGAUGCAACGACAGUGGUACACAAACAUAUUGAUGAAAGAUAUUGACAUUGUAAAUGGUGCUGGGAAAUCAGACAAGUUGAGGCUUUUGAACAUACUUAUGCAACUGCGUAAAUGCUGCAAUCAUCCUUACCUUUUUGAUGGUGCUGAACCAGGUCCUCCAUACACAACUGACCAUCAUCUUGUUGAUAACUGCGGUAAAAUGGUCAUGCUAGACAAACUGUUGAAGUACCUAAAGCAGCAAGGAUCAAGGGUUUUGAUAUUCAGUCAAAUGACAAGAAUGAUGGACAUAAUGGAAGACUAUUGCAUGUGGCGCGGAUUCCAGUACUGUAGAUUGGACGGACAGACAGCCCACGAAGAGAGACAAGCACAGAUUGAUGCAUUUAACUUACCUGAUAGCGACAAGUUUAUUUUCAUGCUUAGUACUCGCGCUGGGGGUCUGGGCAUUAACCUUGCCACUGCUGACAUUGUUAUCAUUUAUGACAGUGAUUGGAAUCCACAAGUUGAUCUUCAAGCUAUGGAUCGUGCUCAUCGUAUUGGGCAGAAAAAGCAAGUUCGCGUCUUUCGGUUUAUAACAGAAAAUACAGUUGAAGACCGCAUCAUUGAAAGAGCAGAGAUGAAGCUGAGGCUUGAUGCAGUUGUCAUCCAGCAAGGUCGGUUAGUGGACCCAACGGUUAAGGUUGGAAAAGAGGAAAUGUUGACAAUGAUUCGGCAUGGCGCCAAUCAUAUUUUCGCGUCAAAAGACUCCACUAUUUCUGAUGAGGACAUUAUAACCAUUUUGGAAAGAGGUGAACGCAAGACGAAAGAAAUAGAAGAUAAAAUGAAAACUUAUGGCGAAAGUGCUUUACGAAACUUUUCUAUGGAUGGUCCUCAAAGUAUAUAUGAAUUUGAAGGGGAAAAUUACAAAGACAAAGAGAAGGCUGCUGGCAUCGCCCACUGGAUCGAGCCACCGAAGCGUGAACGUAAAGCCAAUUACGCCGUAGAUGCAUAUUUCAAGGAAAUGCUCCGAAUCAGUGAUACCCCAAAAGCCCCUAAAGCACCACGUCCACCAAGACAGCCCAAUGUACAGGACUUCCAAUUCUUUCCACCAAGGCUGUUUGAGUUGCUAGAUAAAGAAAUUUAUGCGUAUAGGAAAAGUGUUGGAUACAAGGUCCCAAAAGAAUUGGACUUACCAGAAGCAACUGCCAAAACGAAACAGAAAGAAGAACAAAGACGUGUAGACGAAGCAGAACCUCUCAAUGAAGAGGAGAUCAAAGAGAAGGAAGAACUUCUUACAGAGGGUUUUACUAUUUGGUCGAAAAGAGAUUUCAACCAGUUCAUCAAAGCAUGCGAGAAGUAUGGGAGAGAUGACAUGGACAGUAUAUCAAAAGAUGUGGAAGGCAAAACCCCAGAUGAAGUUCGUGCUUAUGCAGGCGUGUUUUGGGAACGAUGUAACGAGCUCACUGAUAUCGAUCGUAUAAUGGGACAAAUAGAGCGAGGUGAAGCGAAAAUUCAACGGAGAAUCAGCAUAAAAGAAGCAAUGGAUGCCAAGAUGGCAAGAUACAAGUCUCCAUUCCACCAAAUGCGGAUUCAAUACGGAACUAACAAAGGCAAAAACUAUACUGAAGAGGAAGACCGGUUUUUGAUUUGUAUGCUCCAUAAACUUGGCUUUGACAAAGAAAAUGUGUACGAAGAGCUGCGACAGGCUGUGAGAAGCGCCCCUCAGUUUAGAUUUGACUGGUUCAUCAAGUCAAGAACAGCAGUGGAACUGCAAAGACGGUGCAACACUCUCAUCACGCUGAUUGAGAGAGAAAACCAAGAAUUAGAAGAAAAAGAGAAACAGGAAAAGCGGAAGCGUGGUCCAAAGCCUGGUCUACCGAAGGGCUCAAACGUGAAGAGAAAAGCCGAUGGAACCCCAGAUGGCCGGGGAAGGCCCAAGAAAAAGAAGCCAUAAGUGUUUGUCUGCUCUUCUGUUCAAGCAGUCAGCGACUGCUGUUCUUUCAAUAAUCAUUUCAGACGCUCAAACAAGAUGGUUGAACAACAAAACGUGAAAUGGCAACUUUUUCUUUCAGCAUUGUAUGCCUUUAUGAAAUUGAUAACAUCCUUACUCUUGCCUAAGGAUAAGAUGCCAAGACUGAAAACGCUUAGGCAAGUGUUUCUCAUGGAAGUGCUUUUUCAAAAUAAUCAGAUUUGUAUGUCUGUCCUUCUAAUUGAAAUAAAGGUGAUUUUAUUCUUAUGUAUUCCAUCCUGAAGUAGCACUUUGAUCACAACUUUUUUUUGAAUACAGUCAUUAAACCUUGCUCCACACCCUUUGGUAGAGCAGCAUGUUAAUUAUUGCUCGAGCCCUACUAUAGCUAGAACAUUGCCCCUUUGUUUCGCGAGUCAGAGAUCCUGGUGUAAUUUAGAUUCCAAAAUUAUGUCAUUUCUCGUUCAAUAUCAAUGUAAAAUAUUUGUUUUAAUACUUGACUAAAAGUAAUCUUAACAUUUUCUUACGGUAAAAGAACAAAAUAUAGGAUAUUGUUUCUUUGUAGUACCAUGGUGUUAAGAUAUUUAUUUAGAUAUUCAUAGCUUGCAAA